UAACAUUUCAAUAAAAAUUCAAUUGGAGUUGCCAACAUAAAUAUUCAUAGAAUAAAAUUUAACAAACCAAAACAAAAAGAUGUUAAAUAUUUUGUUAUUGGUAAUUGUUGGUCUAUUAUGGGGUGCCACAAAUCCAUUCAUACGCUUGGGCAGUCAAGGCAUUGAACAAAUUAAUACCGGAUCGAAAUGGAAAAAUUUAUUGCUAGAGUUAAGAAUGAUAAGUAUGCGUUUGAAAUACUGGGUGCCGUUCCUUCUUAAUCAAGCCGGCAGCGUAUUAUAUGUGUAUACAUUACAGGACACUAGCAUAACUGCAGCAGUUCCAGUAGCAAAUUCACUGAGUUUCGUUUUUACAGCAAUUACUGGUUAUUUGUUAGGUGAAAAGAUACCAGGCAGAAAAGUUGUAAUUGGUACUGUUCUAGUAUGUUUAGGUAGCUCUAUAGUGCUAUAUGAUAAACUUCGAAAUGAGCAACAGUUAAUUCAGUGAUAUAAUGGGAGAACAAUAAUUUCGUCAAAGCAUUUAGCAAUUUCAAUUUGAGAUAUUUUAUUCCUAAAUUAAACGUAGCGAUUAAGUAAAAGGAGUUAAUAUUUAAUCAAACUAAAUAUGUGAUAUUAAUAUAGCUGCUUUUCAUUGAAAAGUUAUAAUGCUAAAUUAAGAUGUAUACCAUAUAUCUUAUACUUAUAAAGUAUGAAGAUAUAUCUAAAUAAAGGAAAUAUGAUAAACGAUCAAUUAA